AUGUCAGGACAGUGCGGAAUUUGCUUGAACGACUACAGCGAUCCAACCAGCAUUCCAUGCGGGCAUAUCUACUGCUUUCGCUGCCUCAGCCAAUACGCAAAUGGGACCGUACACGAGGGUAUGAGGGCUCCAUGCCCAACUUGUCGUCAGGAAUUCCAUAUCGUUACUCCCGAUGCUAGGAUGCUCCCAAGGAAGUUCCAGCCUUUCAUCAUGAACCACAUGCGUCGGGUGUAUAUCACGCCCUCUGAAGACCAGCAGCGCCUCGUUCAAGAAAACGCGCGACUCCGGAACCAGGUUACCACCCUGCAGGUUUACGAAGAACAGAUUCUGGCGCGAAGCAAUCAGCAGCUUGAACAACUGGCUGAAUCCCAAAGGAAGGAACGGGACGCUGGCCGUCUUAUCCUCAAGCUCGAAAGCUUGGUAGCCGAGCUGGAGAAGCAGUUCUCAGUCACGGGCUCGACGCUGGAGCGAGAGAGGGACCACCUUCGAGCCAGGUUUGAGGAUAUGACAGAGGAGCUGGAUAGGACGAACGAAAAGGUGGAUAGGUUGAGACACGAGCGCAACAAAGCUCGCGCUCUGCUCGACACCGUACGGCAGGAGAACGACUACAGGAGGGAUCUUGAGGAGGUCCUGACUGGUGAGCUUACGCAGGCACGUCGAGAAAAAAAGCAUUGGCAGCGCGAAUACGAAGAGCUCAGUGGUGAAUUAAUGAGGAGAGUAAGGCAUCGGACCGCAGCCCAAUCCUCAUCACCCGCCACCCGCUCCAAUCCUGGUGUCGUGAACGCCGUUGCUGGAUCCUCCUCACUGGGGACCAAGCGAGCUCGUAACGGAGAUGGCUUGGGAAUUGCAGGGGAAGCCGACUCUCGUACCUCCAGUUCUCAGCCCAGCAAGAAACAGCGACUUUCACAAUAA